AUCCUGCUUAGGCAGCCAUAUGAAUUCCUUGAAAAAAUGUAUCAAAAUUAUCCAGAUAAUCAAGCGCUUAUAAAAUCUGUUCAGAUAUAAACAAAACCAAUGCUGGGGAUUGCUGUACAACUUCUUGCCGUGGGCAUGCUGUGGGGCAUCACCAAUCCGUUCAUCCGCCUUGGUAGUCAGGGAAUCGAGACGCUUCAGGACACGGGCUCCAAGUGGAGGAACUUCAUCCAGGAAGCCCGAACAAUCGGCAACCGCUGGCGCUACUGGCUACCCUUUGGACUCAACCAGUGCGGCAGUGCUUUGUAUGUGUGGACUCUUCAGAGUGCCAGCAUUACGGUGGCGGUUCCGGUGGCCAAUUCCCUAAGUUUCGCAUUCACAGCCAUAACCGGUUUUGCCCUGGGCGAAAAACUUCCUGGAAAGAAGGUUAUUUUAGGCACACUUCUCAUCUGUUGCGGCAGCAUACUGAUGAUCUAUGACAAGAUCCUGCAAGAGCAGUCGCAAGACCGACUAAAUAUAACAUUCCGAUGAUCUUACCCUAAA